UCCUUCCUGCUCCAUCUUCAUCUUCUUGCUCCCAGACCAAACCCUUGCUUUCUAGCUAGUUCUUCUUCCCCUUCCCUUUUUCAUACAUGUUAUUGUUUUUUCUUUCCAAACAAGCUCGAUCCCAGUUCUCACAUAUUUUGAGUUAAUAAUUAAUAUAUAGUUAUUAUUUUAGGGGUGCGUAAUUUUUUGUUUUUUGGGGAUGACCUAGUUUUCAGCGACUGCAGCAACAGCAAAAUUAUUAUUCCAUUUCCCCCCUUUAAAAUAGUAUAAAAAAAAGAGAGGUUACUUAGCUGUAGGUUUCCUGUUCCCCGUAAAUGGAAGACAACAGCAACCAAGGGCAGGGGCAGCGGCAUGGCGGUGGAGGUGGCGGUGGGGAGACGGUUCGGUCGCGGUGGACGCCGAAGCCGGAGCAGAUACUGAUCCUGGAGUCCAUCUUCAACAGCGGGAUGGUGAACCCGCCGAAAGACGAGACCGUCCGCAUCCGCAAGCUCCUCGAGAAAUUCGGCUCCGUCGGCGACGCCAACGUCUUCUACUGGUUCCAGAACCGCCGCUCCAGAUCCCGCCGCCGCCAGCGCCAGCUCCAGGCCAGCCUCGCCGCCGCAGCAGCAGCCGCCGCCGCCGGAGACGCCCAGGGCAGCACUACCACCACCAUGGGCAUGGGCUUCAACAUCAACAACAACAACAACUACCCCGCCUCCGCCGCCGCCGGCGGUGGUGCAAUUCAGUUGGAGGGGUUUGUGGGGAACAUGAGCCUGAGCCCAGCUUCUCCUUCGUCGUCGUCUUCGUAUAACUACUUUCUCAGCCAGGGACAGGGGGGAGCGUCGAUGGAUCAGGAGAGCAUGUAUUCUUCUUCUCUCCCGAACCCGUUGGCGGCGCUAGGCAGCGGUUUCGAGGACGCCGUGGUUCCCAGCUCUGGCGGUGGACUGCUGAUGACCACCUCACCCAGCUCCGAUAUUAUAAUGUGCUCCGCCGCAGCUCCGGCGGCUUCCAGUUUCCUCUACCAAGGUGGAGGCGGAGAUGAAGGGCAGGCGGCGGGGUUCAUGAUGAUAACGGUGUUCAUAAACGGGGUGGCGACGGAGGUGCCUCGAGGGCCGGUGGACGUGAGGAGCAUGUUCGGGGAGGAUGUGGUGUUGUUUCAUUCGUCGGGCCUCUCGCUGCCGGUUAAUGAAUUUGGGUUCCUCCUCCACGGCUUGCAGCACGGGGAAAGCUACUUCCUGGUGUCAAGACAGGCAUAGAAUUGGAAGGUGAUGAAGAUGGGGGGAGGAGUAGAAGAAGAAGAAGAUGAUCAAGUGGAGGAACAAGAUAAAAGAGCUUGGCUUGAAGCUCAUGGUGAUAGAGUGGUAGUAAUUUCGUGUUGGUUUAGAGAUAGAAGCCGCAAUAAUCAAUCAUACUCUCUCUCUCUCUCUCUCUCUAUAUAUAUAUAUAUAUAUAUAGUCUCGUACCGUUUAGCUUUUUUUUUUUUUUACCUCUUUCUUUCAUAUUAUAGUUGAGUUUGUUGUGAUAAUAGAUGGGGAACCUUCCUUAAGCUCUCUUCUCUGUACAAUUUUACAGAAACCGUGUUGUCCCUUGAAGACCUUUGUUUUGGCUUCAUUACAGACCUGCAUGUCGGCGAUCGAUAUAUAAAGUGGUAUUUGAAAUAUAUUAAUUAAUAGAACCCGCUGUGUUAAUGUUAUUCUCACUGAUAUAUAUUAUGUAAUUUGUAUGCAGAUUCCUCUGGGUAAGAAAAAGUGUUGAAUAAU